AUUAAUAUUCGUUUGUUGCCCGUGUUAAAAUAUGCGUGUGCACAUCGGAACGAACGAAAUCUAUUGACUGUACCACAGCUCCGGACAAUUUAAGAAGCUGGCGACUCAGUUAGCAAUCAACUCAAGUCGAUGUCAUCUUUGCGAUUUUUCUACUUUGGAAAAAGCACUUGCCCGACGUUUAAAACAUUGUGAUCUGAAAAUGUCAGUUUCAAUAAGGAUUUUAGCCUUUUCCUGAAAAGAAAAUAACCUCUGCUAAACCUUCAUGAGUGGUGCAUUAUUGAAUAACAAAAGAAAAUCUUUGUGCAGAAUUAGUUUGUUGUCUUAUAGCGAAUGAACUAAAUGCACGUUUUGUCUCAUCGUAAGAAGAACAGUAAAACUAGUAACGUGAGUUUAACCGAUGAGAACAUUCGAGUAUUGCCAAUCUGAGCAUUCCCCUAUCGUUAGCAGCAGCUUCGAAAGCUGAUAUUGUGAAGCAAUAUCCAGAAAAAUAUAGUACGCAUCUAGCAUAUCUCGAUUUAAUAUCACCCUUCGUUCAGAACCAAUAAUGAUAAUUGCACUUUUGGUUACAUUCACCACGCUCAUAAUUAUAUUUUACUAUUUGAAAAUAGUGAGCGUUGUGGAUUCUGAAAGAAGCUCAGUAAAAGAAACAGAUUCGGAAGAAAAGCUGUUGGAUGAUAUUUCAAAGACGUGAUUGAUGCGUAGACGUGCAUAAACUCAUGCAACUGAAUGUGCCAUUUGCUCGAAGCUUCGGAGCUUCGAGCUAUUAUUUAUUCGAUGGUUUGCUUGCCUUAUUAUCCGGAUCUAGAAGCUCUCAUAAAGCUAGUACACCAACGCCGCACAACAGCAAUAUCCGUUAUUUUAUGUGUUCGAGAAGCGCAACGUUAGAGCGUACGUUAAGUAGUAGAAUAUCAGUGCGGUUGCAUUAUCUGUUGAGCACUUUUUGAGUUAUCGUCUCAGAAGAAUCAAUUAUGACGGCUUCGUAUACUAAAGUCGAUAGAAAUAAUGCUAUUAAAUAUUCGGAGGCUAACCUCACAAUCCUUAAAAUAAACAAAAUCUAUCAAAAGGCUCGCCAUCUGGCAAGCCACCUAGAAUACCAGAUACGUGAUGCAACGGACGACGAUUUUUACGUACCAGCGGCAUUGAGCAAUUCAUCCAAAGUUGUGACAGUCAGCAUAACAAAAAAUUUGUGCGAACUACUUUCAUGUAACCCAGCUAAAGAGAAAUCUAUGUGCCACCCCAAAGAAGCGGCUUCAUAUUAUUACGUGGGCGACGACAAAUACGAUUUACAGUGUCAGCCUGCAUGUUAUAAUAUAACAAAGACAGGGACGUUUGAUGAGAAUGGAAAGCGCACACCAGAUACGCCUAUACUGAAUUGGCACAAUCGGUCUUGUCGUAUCGUAACUCCGAUGGUCACCUCAAUGGAGAAAACCUUUUAUCGUGAUACCACCAAAUAUGUGCCUCGCAAGAACGACAUGCCUACUGGUUUUAGCCGUAUAGACAGUGGAGAUAUUUAUGGCAGUGGUUGGGCAUACAAAUUCAAUAAAACAUAUUGCGAGUAUUAUGAUAAGCGUUUGGAAGCCAAUGGAUGUUGCACACGGUUUUGGUACGAGGAAGUGUUCUCAUUUUUCGGGGGAUACAAUUGGAAAUCGGCGGCACGACAAGCCAGUACUGGAGUACCAUUUAACAUGCCAAAAUUGGAGCCAUUACCCAAAGAUUUACCCAAAAGAUUUACGGUGGAAGGCUGGAAGAAUAAUAACAACGAAAAUUUUAAAGUUCCCGAUUUAAUAGAUACAGCACCAAAAAAUAUUCGUGCCGCAGACAUUAAACAUGAGAGACAUAAACGUGAAGCAGUGUAUCAGCGUGAACGGAAUAUCAACUUGAAUUAUGGCUCCGACAGUGAUGAAACUCAUUUACUACAAGACAGGAUAAAAACCAAGGAGACUUUCAGCGAUAGCAUUGGCGAGUUUUUCCGGCUAACGAUGGAAAGAGAAACGAAUGAUACGAAUAAGCCUUCGAAUGCAUUUGCUACGGAUACGUACACUAGAUUGAUAAAGGGAUUCGACAAAAUAGGGGAAAAAAUGGGAAAUCUCGGGGAUGACUUGAUAAAAGAUAUGGCAUGGUCGCUCGGCGAAAAUGUUGCAUCGGUAGCAGUAGAGGGUAUUACUGUGCGAUCCGUUGGUAAUUUUGUUUAUUAUUUGGGAUCUGAUAUCUUCGCAGCAAUAGAUGGAUUUAUGGGCUCUGGAACAUCAACUAUGGCUUGGACAGUUGUGAACACGGCCCUUCUCGGACUUUACUUCAUGUACGCGGACCCAUUCGGCUACAAAAAUGAAUGGACACCUAAACUUCCCCAGGAAAUGAUGGAAAAAGGUGAGGCAAGCUUGCGUCGUAAGCUAGGCUUGGCUGUUAUUAACUUUGAAUUCGAGAAUCUCGUCCGUGCGGUUCUCACGUACGAAGAAAUCUUGGAUCUGGAAUUUCAAGUAGCGCAGGAUAUAUUUUACUAUCUUGAUGCACUCGAGGUAAAUUCUGACGGUGUGGCCAUUGAUAAAGGUUCACUGAUUUAUUUCGGUAGUCAUAAGCAGAGUACUACGAUCCGAUCGAUGACCAAAGUUUUGGCCUCACGCGUGAAAUUCAACGAAAAAGUAUAUGAAGAAUACAAUCGCGUAUUCAUGAUUCGUGUUGAUGUUAAUCGGUACAUGAAUCGUGCCUCGCUGGGCGCCAUUAUCGGGGCUGGUGUCUUUACUCUGCUCUAUUUACCUAUUCUUGCAGUAUUUUUCUUCUUCGUCGCUUUGAUUUUACUAUCCAUUGGACGCCUCUCACUACAGAGUAAUCUCCUCGUCGAUGCUCUUCUCGAAAUACGCGGUCACCAUAAUACCAAGGAAACCAGUGCUAAAUCAAUAAAAUAGUAAAAUAUUUAUGCUUUAAAGUCACAAAGCUGUAUGAACGAUGCACUAAACGUUCUACUCACGAUAAACACAUAUUAACCUCAAAAUCUUUUGCUCCUCGCAUGAAUUCGUAGUCGAUUUUAUGGCUGGACCGGACAUGCAAUCAACAUUAGUUUUCAUGAACAGACAGUCAGUUGCGUUACAUGGGAGCCAAUGUUGAUACAAUAAAAUAAAAAAACAAAAUCAAUUGCUCGAUGGACAUGAGAAAAACAACUUGCUGAAAUAAUAAAUCUAAAAGAACUCUGAAAACAUGACUUGUUUUUUCGUGUGAGAAGUUCUUGUGCGGCAUCAUUGAAAAGGUAGCAAUUCAUAAAAGGACAUCGAAAUGUCGGGUAUGUCAACAAUAUCGGAAAAAUCGAACGAUGUGAAUGUGAUUUUUUUUU